AUGAAAAUUUUUUUUUUAAAUAAUGGACCUCGAUAUUGCCCGUCAUUGGAAGCUAAAUGUUUGCGUUUUCCUGAAUUAAAGCAUAGAAUUUUCCUUGAACCAGAAGGUUUGGAUAGCGAGUUGGUUUACCCUCAAGGAUGCGCUCUAGGAUUUGAUUUGGAUGUUCAAGUUAAAAUAAUGAGGACAGUGGAAGGAUUGGAAAAUGUUGAAGUUACACAACCUGGUUAUUCUGUCCGUUACAAUUUUGUUCAUCCUCAACAACUCUUCCCAACCUUGGAAACCCAAAAAGUUUGUGGUCUCUUUUUGGCAGGACAAAUAAAUGGAACUACGGGGUAUGAAGAAGCUGCAGCCCAAGGUUUAAUCGCUGGAACAAACGCGGCAGAAAGAGCGGAAGCAAACAAAAAAGGAGAUAAGACGGCCUAUAAUCCUUUAAAGGUUUCAAGAACAGAGGCAUAUAUCGGUGUAAUGAUUGAUGAUUUGACUAAUUUUGGGGUAACUGAAGCUUAUAGAAUAUUUACUUCUCGGUCAGAAAAUCGGCUGGAGUUGAGGUUUUGUUAA